CACACAGCUGUCGGUAAAUCGCGUGCCGUUCCAGUGUUUGUGCGCGCGCGCUCUUGACUGCUCUCCGGUUAGACAUCAUGAAACUCUCCCCGGUUUUCCGCCACGCGGUCUCACGAGCCGUGACUCCACGGAGAGCCUUCAGCCCCCGGACGAGCUCGGUACCGGGGAACAGGACCGGGUUUUGGUUGCCGGUUCGGCGCACGGCGACCAGCAGCAUCGGCGGUACCGGAGCUUCGGACCGUUCACCGGAUCUCAGCUUUCACACACCGCGCGAGAAGAGCGGCGGCGGCGGGUCCGCGAGCGAGAAUAUCAUCCGGGAAAUCAUCCAAAGGAGCAGAGACGAGCUCACCGCUGUAGUGCAAACCCACCCAGGUAUCAAACCCACCCUGGCCAUCAUCCAGGCAGGUGAAGAUGACACUUUGCUGGACAUCAAUAAGAAGAUGGCAAGAAAGGUCGGCCUGAACGUGACGCAGAUCUGUCUGCGGAGCCACUGCACACAGGAGGAGGUCAUUGAGGAGGUGCUGAGGCUGAACGAAGAUCCUCAGGUCCAUGGCGUGUUCCUGUGUCUUCCUCCUUCCCUCCUCUCCCGCGCAGUGCUCAACUCUCUCAAUCCUGAGAAAGAUGUGGACGGGAUUUCCGACCUGAAUGUGGGCCGUCUGGUGUCAGGAGCUCUGUCUGAAGGCUUUCUCUCGCCUGUAACAGGAGCAGUGAUGGAGCUGCUGGCCAGACACGAUGCUCCUUUGGAUGGGAAGAAGGCGAUGCUGCUCGGUCUGAACGCGCCGCUGAAUGCGAUCCUGCAGAGUCUGCUGCAGAACGAGGGAGUGGAGGUGCAGACGAGCUGCUGGAGCUCAGACAGGCUGCAGAAGCAGGUGAAGCACGCUGAUGUGGUUGUGAUGAUGGGCGCCGAACACGUGAUGCUCCGGGACACGUGCUUCAAACCUGGAGUGACUCUCAUUAACUGUGAUCCUGCAUUAAUACCAGCUCAUGAGAAGAAGCUGGAGGCUGAAUUCUGGCCAGAUGUUCGACCCAUAAGUGCAGCUCUCAGGAUGCAGAAUGUGGUGAGAAGCAGUCGAAGGUGGGUGGAAGGACGCCAGUAUCAGCCGUGGAAACUCCGCCCCCUGAAGCUCCAGCCGCUGUCUCCUGUGCCCAGUGACAUAGAGAUCUCCCGAGCUCAGACCCCAAAGCCCAUCGUGCAGCUGGCAGAGGAGAUCGGUUUGUUGCCGGAAGAGCUGGAGGCGUACGGCCGCUCCAAAGCCAAAGUUCAGCUCUCGGUACUCAAACGCCUGCAGCAGCAACCUAACGGCAAAUACGUCCUCGUGGCAGGCAUCACUCCGACGCCUCUUGGUGAAGGGAAGAGCACAGUGACGAUCGGUCUGGUCCAGGCUCUCUCAGCUCAUCUCAAACUCAACUCCUUCGCCUGCCUCAGACAGCCGUCUCAGGGUCCUACAUUCGGAGUCAAAGGUGGAGCAGCAGGUGGAGGAUACGCUCAGGUCAUCCCUAUGGAGGAGUUUAAUCUCCACCUGACCGGUGACAUUCACGCCAUCACAGCGGCAAAUAACCUGGUGGCGGCAGCCGUCGACGCCCGAAUCCUGCAUGAAGCCUCGCAGUCUGAUAAGGCCCUGUAUAACAGACUCGUGCCGUCAGUUAAUGGCGUGAGACGCUUCUCUGCUAUCCAGCUGGGGCGACUGAGGCGUCUUGGGAUCAACAAAUCUGACCCCGGCACCCUCACACCUGAGGAGGUCAAUGCCUUUGUCCGGCUCGACCUUGACCCUGCGAAGGUCACUUGGCAGAGAGUGGUGGACACCAACGAUCGUUUCCUGAGGAAGAUCACGGUGGGCCAAGCGAAGACAGAGAAAGGCCACAGCCGGCAGACUCAGUUCGAUAUCGCAGUGGCGAGUGAGAUCAUGGCAAUUCUGGCUCUGACUGACGGUCUGGCUGAUAUGAAGACCCGUCUGGGCCAAAUGGUGGUGGGCAGCAGCAGGAGCGGGCAGCCAGUAACGGCUGAUGAUCUCGGUGUAACUGGAGCUCUGGCUGUGCUGAUGAAAGAUGCCAUCAAACCCACCCUGAUGCAGACCCUCGAGGGCACGCCAGUGUUUGUGCACGCCGGACCGUUCGCCAACAUCGCCCACGGAAACUCGUCAGUGCUGGCCGACCAGCUGGCUCUCAAACUGGUCGGAGAAGACGGCUAUGUGGUGACAGAGGCAGGUUUCGGAGCAGACAUUGGCAUGGAGAAGUUCUUCAACAUUAAAUGCCGUGCCUCUGGACUGAAGCCUGAUGUCGUGGUGUUGGUUGCCACCAUCAGGGCUCUGAAGAUGCACGGAGGAGGUCCGAAUGUAACAGCAGGAGUGCCGCUCCCGAAAGAAUACACCGAGGAGAAUCUAAAGUUGGUCUCCGAAGGCUGCAGCAAUCUGAAGAAACAGAUCCAGAUCGCGCGUCUGUUUGGCGUUCCCGUGGUGGUGGCUCUCAACAGCUUUAAGACCGAUACAGAAGCGGAGAUCGAGCUGGCGUGUCGUACAGCUGAGGCUUCAGGGGCAUUGGCGGCCGUGCCGUCUCACCACUGGGGGCGGGGCGGACGUGGCGCCGUGAAGCUGGCGCAAGCUGUCAAGGAAGCAGCAGCACAGAAGAGCGAUUUCCACUUCCUGUACAGCCUUCAGACCCCCAUCGUGGAGAAAAUCCGCACUAUCGCACAGCAGGUUUAUGGAGCCGAUGAUAUCGAGUUAUCGUCUGAAGCACAAGCUAAAAUUGACUAUUAUACACAACAGGGCUUCGACACUCUACCUAUCUGCAUGGCCAAAACCCACCUGUCUCUCUCUCACAUGCCUGAGAAAAAGGGCGUGCCUACCGGAUUCAUCCUGCCAAUCAGAGACAUCCGUGCCAGCAUCGGGGCGGGGUUUAUUUAUCCGCUGGUUGGAACAAUGAGCACCAUGCCAGGGCUUCCCACACGGCCCUGUUUCUAUGACAUCGACCUUGAUCCUGUAACCGAGGAGAUAUCAGGACUCUUUUAAUCGUCCACAUCUCUCUCUCUCACACACACACACACUCAACAGCUGUCUCAGGGUGAUGGUGAUGGUUCGAGCAACUGCGAGCAAACACGAAGACCAAAAGCUCCUUCAGAUUCAUCUGAUCUUCAUCUAUAGAUUUUUAAUGCAUUAUUUACAAGUUUCAUUAUACAGAGAUUGCAAAAACUCUGGUUUGGUUUCUUCUCUCUCUCUCUCUCUCUCUCUCUCUCUCUCUCUCUCUGGUUGUUUUAUCUUUAAACUAAAUUCAUGUUUAGAUUUCACACUUCAGUGCAGUUUGUUUUUCCAGGUUUAUCCCUUUUUUUUAACCCUUAUUUUAUUUUUCAUCCUUUUUCUAACGCAUUAUUGACAAGUAUUUGUUUGAAGAAAGAGCUUCAGGUAAACAGAACUCGAUGCAAUCUUGUUUGCAGUUCUUUACGUUUAGAAUCUAAAUUGGUGUCGAGUUCAGAUUUCACCCUCAAAGUAAACUAGGCUGCAUUUCCGCAGAGAAAAUGCAAAGUGUGCUUGCUGAGCUGGAACAGAACAGCUAUCAUGCUAACACACUGAGGCUAACAUGUAAACAGCUAGCAUUCUAAUAUGGUAAUGGAUAACAAGCUAAUGUUAACAUCUUAGUGCUAACAUGCUAACUGUUAGCAUGCGAACAUGCGAAGGUUAAUAUGCUAAUGGCAUAUGCUAACAGCUGCUAAUCUGCUAAUGACAAACAUGUUAACAGCUAGCUACAGUAUAAGGUUAGCAUGCUAACACGUUCUGGCUAGAAUGUUAACUAUUAGCAUGUUAACAUGCUAACAGCUAGCAUUCUAAUGCUAACAUGGUAACUAUUAGCAUGUGAACAUGCUAAGGCUAAUAUGCUAACAGCUAGCAUGGUUAUCUGAUAAUGGCGAGCAUGCUAACGGAUAACAUAUUAAUUGUAUGUUAACAUGCUGAGGCUAAUUGGCUAACAGCUAACAUACUCACAGCUAGCAUGUUAACAUGCUGACUGUUAGCAUGCUAACAUACUAAUGUUAACUCGCUAACAGUUAACAUGCUACUGUUAGCAUGCUAACAUGGGAGCAUACUAUGGCCAACAUGCUAACAGUUAGAAUACUAACGUGCAGGCACGCUAAUAGGCACAAGCAGCAAGCACAUCAGUAAAGGUUUUUAUUUGAAUAGGUUUUGUGUUUUAAAUCCAGUUAAAAAAGUUGGUCAGAUUUUACAGCUUUUGGGAUGAAAAAAAAAAAACCCUUGAGUUCCUGUCUGAAUGUAAUUUAAACUGGUUUUGGUUGGUAAUGCAUUACAUUUCAUCUUUUAUUUCUUUUUAAAUUCAGCCUUUACAUUUAUUUAUUUAUAAUUGUGGUGUGCACUCUCCAGCUUCUAACAUUACUGUCGUUACGUCUGUCUGUGCCAUGAUGUGUUUUUGUAUGUCUUGGAAUAAAUUUAUUCCAAUCA